AUGGACGCCAACAGCUCGCAGUCGCAGCUCGCGCGAGGCCUUCGGAAACACGAGCAGCCUUCAAUACUUUACUUUCAGACUCGGCCGGAUGCCUGCUUGACAGAUCCGCCUGCGUACGAAGACCAAUACUACAGCACGACCAGGCAGACUAUGACACGAUCGGGACCGCUCGAGUGGGUUAGUGGGCAAGACUUCUCCGGUUCAAGUCGAACUAUCGCAUUGCCUCAAACGAGCUAUGGCCAAGGCGCGCCUUUCCUUCGUGGAUACAGCUCCGAGCUGUGCGAAGCGGGUGUGCCAAAGGACGGAUACUUUCGCUGGUUGGACGCGCUCAACGUAUCAAUGGUACCCAACCCGGAAGCUCAGAUAAUUGGCAAGGCGGCUGGCAUAGCUUCGUGGUUUGUACCCGGCGUGGGCGGCAUCGUGUUGGGUCUCAGUUCUAUUGGCGCUCUGAUCGGUAGUGGCAUACAACUGAAGACAGUCACCGCAACCUGUUUGUCGCAAGGCAACCGCUCACUGUUCAAUCCCGCUGGCUUCGAAGCAGUCAUCUGCUCAACGCACGAUUUGAAUGUCCAUUUGGGCCUCGCAAAUCAAAGCCAGGCUUGCGAGUCAUUCCAGACGCCCUACCAACAGCGCUUGCAGAACUAUGGAGCUUUGUUGUCUUCGCUGACGACAGUACUGCCUCCUGCCACCGGAACGGGGCGCAGCGAUCCAUCAGCGCAGCUCGGCGCGAGACUCAGCUCGAGAAGUCGGUCAAAAGCACAGCGCAAGGCGGCUAAAGAUUUGGCAAAUGGGAAGGUCAAGAAGGCGAGUAAAUUUGAAGCGAGGUUAUGUUGGCUACUCAUUCGUCCGCUCGAAAUGUCUGUAUUUUGA